AUGGCCGAAGAUUGCCUCUUCGCCGCCGUGUACGCCCCGGCCAACGCCACGAAGCAGAGCAUGCUGCCAAUCCUGAUGUUCAUCUCCGGCGGUGGCUUUAGUUCCAACUCCAACGGCAAUUUCAACGGCACCGGGCUGGUGGAGGCCAGUGGGGGGCAAAUGAUCGUGAUCAGGGCCAACUAUCGGGUGGGCAUAUUGGGCUUCAUCGGGGGCACACUUGUCGAGGCUGACAACAAGGGUGCAGUGGCGAACAAUGGGCUCAAUGACAUGGUCGCCGCUGCGCGUUGGAUGCAGCAACACGCCACGAAAUUCGGCGGCAACCCGAACCACAUCGUAGUCUCGGGAGCAUCUUCUGGCGCCAACGCAAUCGACGUGCUGCUCGCCGCCAACAACGGCGCCGGAUUCCCAGAUCUUUUCGCUGGUGCUAUUGCGGAGAGCCCCGGCUGGGGCAGCGAGGGGUUCUCGGCUGACCGCGACCAGGCGCUCACCAACAAUCUCAACGCGACCGGGUGUCUGAACGCCACCGACCAGAUCGACUGCAUGCGCAUGAUGCCCAUUGCCGAGUUCCAGAACAAGACGAGCAAAGAUGGGUGGGGCCCGACCGUGGAGGGGAAGCUCAUCGCGGCGCCUCACUACCAGAUGUUCGAGCAGGGCCGCUUCCAGAACAUACCCAUAAUCUACGGGUACGCGAGCGACGAGGCCACCCCGAACUUCAUCUCGAACCAGACGGUCAACACCACCGAGGAGGUGGGCGCGGACAUCCGCAGCACCGUCGGCAAGUCGAUGACGGACGCCGAGCUCGCGGCCGUGAUGGCGGCAUACCCGGAGUCGCUCAACAACGUCUCCAUCUUUGGGCGCGACGUGAGCGCGCGCGCCAACGCCUCCCUGCGCGAGGGCAGCGGCGCCCAGUGGCAGCGGGACGCGGCCAUCAAGACGGAGCUCAAAGAGCACUGCAUAUCGGCCUUCCUGAGCGACAUGUACGCCAGCGCGGGCCAGGCCCGGAACUACGCGUACCGGUACAACAUCCUCGACGAGACGGCCGGCGGCGCCGCGGACAAGGGCCUCUUCUCGCCGCACGUCAGCGAGCUGUACUCGGUGUGGGGCAGCAACAACACCGACGGCGGCGACCCGGGCUGCAUCAGGCUCGGCGCGGCGGACCCGCUGUCGUGCGCCGCGGGCGCCGCGGUCGCGCAGGCGUACUGGAUCUCGUUCGUCCGGGACCUCAACCCCAACACCUUCAGGCUCGCGGGCUCCCCCGAGUGGGCCGCCUGGUCCGUCGAGGACCCCAACCGCAUCGUCCUCGACAACGCGGCCGCCGCCAUGGAGAAGAUGGGCGCCGCGGUCGGCGAGGUGCCCAUCGGCGAGCCGCCCAUGAACCAGCCGGAAAUGACGUAUGGAUUUAAGUCACUCGCAGCUGUUCUCAUCGGUGGACUCAUACUCACCGCUUGA